AAAAGCAGGCGGAUUUCGAUUUCCGUAUCAGUGCACCUUCCCUGGAGCCGCUUCUCCCCCCACGCCAGCUGCGCGUCGCUCUAGUCUCUCUCGCGCCAUGGCCGCCACCGGCUCCCUUCUCUCGCGCCCCCUCGCCGCCUUCCUCGCAUCCGCCGCCUCCCCCUCCGCAUCCUCACUCGCCUUCGCCGGCAAGCCUCUGCCCGUUCCGCCCCUUAUGCGUCCGUCCGCCUCCCCCGAUCCCCUCCCCGCACGCUCGCUCCGCUGCGAGGCCAGACCCACCAGCGCCGCCACCGCUGCCUCCGCCCCGGCCGCUGCGCAGCGCGCGGUAGCGGCGGCGGCGGGGAUGCCGUCAGCAGAGGAGAUCAUGGCUAUCGAGCGCGACGUGGUCGUGCAAACGUACGGGCGGACGCCGCUGGUGGUGGCGGCGGGGGAGGGCAGCCGGCUGUACGACACGGAGGGGCGCGAGUUCAUCGACAUGGCGUCGGGCAUCGCCGUCAACGCGCUGGGCCACGGCGACGCUGACUGGCUCGCCGCCGUCACGGAUCAGGCCGCCACGCUGGCACACGUCAGCAACUUGUAUUACACGUGGCCGAUGGUGCAUCUGGCGCAGCGGCUGGUGACGUCAUCGUUCGCGGAUCGCGUGUUCUUCGUGAAUACGGGCACGGAGGCGAACGAGGCAGCGAUCAAGUUCGCGAGGAAGUACCAGCUCGCGAAGAGCGGCGACGAGCAUGCGACGGAGUUCGUCGCAUUCAGCAACUGCUUCCAUGGUCGCACGAUGGGCGCGCUCGCGCUCACCUCCAAGCCGCAGUACCGCGCGCCCUUCGAGCCGCUCAUGCCCGGCGUCGCGUUCGCCGAGUACGGCGACCUCGAGGCGGCGGCGGCCGCCAUCCGCGCGGGGCGCACGGCGGCGGUGUUCGUGGAGCCGGUGCAGGGCGAGGGCGGCGUGUUCGCCGCCACCCGGGAGUUCCUGCAGGGCCUGCGACGCCUGUGCGACGAGAGCGGCGCGCUGCUGGUCUUCGACGAGAUCCAGUGUGGCUUGGGUCGCACGGGGCACCUGUGGGCGCACGAGGCGUACGGCGUCACACCCGACAUCAUGACGCUCGCCAAGCCGCUCGCUGGCGGGCUGCCCAUCGGAGCGGUGCUUGUGACCAACCCUGUGGCGGCAGCCAUGGCACCAGGCGACCACGGCAGCACCUUUGCCGGCAACCCCCUCGUCUGCCGGGCGGCGCUGGCCGUCCUCGAUAAGAUUGCCGACCCAGCCUUCCUGGCCAACGUGGAAACCAAGGGCGAACUGCUUCGGAAGCUGCUUCGGGAGAGGCUCGGGGGAAACCCGCACGUGAAGGAGGUUCGGGGGCGGGGGCUGAUGGUGGGGGUGCAGCUGGACGGGGGGGCGGGGCCGCUGGUGGAGGCAGCGAGGGGGGAGGGCGUGCUGGCCAUCACAGCAGGCAAGGGCGAUGUGGUGCGGCUGGUGCCGCCCCUUAUUAUCACGGAGGAGGAGAUUGAGAGGGCCGUUGAUGGGCUCGCUAAGAGCCUACCAGCCCUUGGAUGAGAGGGGUGUGCUGUAACAUUGAGCCACCCGCAUGACCACAUGAGUGGUUUUCAUGUGCUGGUAACAUUUGUUUGUACUCACAUCUAGGAUGGAUGACAUCUCGUAACAAGCAUGAGUUCCCUCCACCAGUGAGGCUUGGAUGACCAAACCUUAAAACCCGCGGCCCAAAUUG